UUUUUUUCUCCACCUCUUCUCCAUCGCUCCAGACGGGUUGAUUUAAUUGUUGCUGGGUUUUGCCGCCUGACUUUUGCGUCGUUUUGGUCUGCCUUUCUGACACGCGCACGCUCCUCUUUUUUCCCUCUCUUUUCCUCCGCCGAAGGUUGUGCUCAGACUUUUUGGAAAGGGGGGGAAGAAGCCGGCGAGAGACCGAAAAGAGCACAAGAAAGUGGCAGCUGAGGGCUGUGAAAUCACCUCCCCUUUCUGGGGCUGUCUGUCAGAGCGAGAGUUGUACAUUAUUAUUACUGUUUUUCUUUCUCCAUCCAUCCAUCCACCCAUCCACAUACACGCACAGAGAGAGACGAGUGCAGGCAGCGAAACUCACCGAGACCAGCCAUGGUAGCGAGGGCUCAGCCUGAUCGGAAACAAUUACCACUGGUCCUACUGAGAUUGCUCUGCCUUCUCCCCACAGGGCUGCCAGUCCGCAGCGUGGAUUUUACCCGCGGCACCGAUAACAUCACCGUGAGGCAGGGGGACACAGCCAUCCUCAGGUGUUAUGUAGAAGACAGAAGCUCCAAGGUGGCCUGGUUAAACCGUUCUGGCAUCAUUUUUGCUGGAGAAGACAAGUGGUCCCUGGACCCUCGAGUAGAGCUUGAGAAGAGAAACCCCCUGGAGUACAGCCUGCGGAUCCAGAAAGUGGAUGUCUAUGAUGAGGGGUCCUAUACGUGUUCAGUGCAGACACAGCAUCACCCCAAGACUUCCCAGGUUUACUUGAUUGUGCAAGUUCCACCAAAGAUCUCCAAUAUCUCCUCGGACAUCACCGUGAAUGAAGGCAGCAAUGUGACCCUGGUUUGCAUGGCAAAUGGGCGUCCAGAGCCUGUGAUCACCUGGAGGCACCUCACUCCAACAGGAAAGGAGUUUGAAGGUGAGGAGGAGUACCUGGAGAUCUUGGGGAUCACACGAGAGCAGUCGGGCAAGUAUGAGUGCAAAGCUGCCAACGAGGUCGCUUCAGCAGAUGUCAAGCAAGUCCGGGUCACUGUGAACUACCCUCCCACCAUCACAGAGUCCAAGAGCAAUGAGGCAGCCACGGGACGACAAGCCUUACUCCGCUGUGAGGCAUCAGCAGUGCCCACGCCUGACUUUGAGUGGUACAGGGAUGAUACCAGGAUAAACAGUGCCAACGGUCUGGAGAUAAAGAGCACGGGGAGCCAGUCUCUGCUGAUGGUGGCCAACGUCACUGAGGAGCACUAUGGGAACUACACCUGUGUGGCUGCCAACAAGCUGGGAGUCACAAAUGCCAGCCUAUACCUUUACAAACGAGUUUUACCCACACUCCCCAAUCCUUUUCCAGGACCCGGCACGGGGAGAGUAGACAAUGGCUCCGUGAGCUUGGCCGUCCCACUGUGGCUGUUGGCAGCAUCCCUGCUCUGCCUACUCAGCAAGUGUUAAUACAAAUCAAAAUUAAUAAUAAUAAUAAUAAUAAUAAUUAAAAAAACAACACGACAACAACAACAACAACGACAACACACAAAACAAAACGCAUUAUACAGGAGACAGAGCGAAGAGAGGGGAGAGAGAAAAAAGAGGGGGAGAGAAGAAGUGAGAGGACCGUUUCUAUCACAACAACUUCUGCCUGUUCAGGAGCAAAGAGGGGGGAGAGGAAAAAUCACAGCAGGACCACUCAGCAACACUUACCUGAUUUCCGACUGCCGGCCGUCACAGCACCGACCUCACAAGGAGAGAGGCAAACGGGGCACCCGCAGGGCCCAUGGAGCCAGAGGAUGCUGCGCUUCAGCCACACCGAUGACACCGAGCUGAGCAAAAAGAAGAUCCCUUUUCUUUUCUCUCCUCCUUGCUGUUUUCCAUACUCCUCACCUGCCUUCCUCCCUCCCUCCUCUUUCUUUCUUGCGCAGAAAGAGGUCUUUGCUUCAGUGUCAAUAGCCACUUAACUUUUUGGAUGCCCUUGGUCAUUUUUGUGAGCCGAUGCUCAGGCACUUCAUACUUUUAGGGAAAAGAAAAAAAAAAAAAGAAAAAAUGAACAGAGCAAGUUAUCAAAGCUCUCUGCGCACUGGUGUCCUAUGAAGAACCCCUUCCUCUCUUCGCAUCAUUCCAUGCUCCUGUGCACUUUGCUGAACGCUUUCUGUCCUGCACCCUCCCUCAUGCAGCAUCCCACUCUGGCCUGAAGGAAAGCUGUGUCCCUCCAACCCAGCCUGCUCUUUUAUUUGCUUCUUUGAUUCUCUCUUUCUCCCCCUCAAUUUAGCCAAGUGUCUUUCUCCAGUGUGUGCCUGCGUGUGUGCGUGCAUGCGUGUAUGUGUGGCCCUUGUGCUCUGUCUUCUCUUUCUCUCUUUCUCCUGCUCUCUUUAAGCAUGCCGAAGAACAGUCCAUGUGUACAUACGCCCAUCCCACUGUAGAUAAUGUCCUGCCUUGUCAGUGUGAGACCACAUGCUGAGAGAUCUCUUGGGCUGAGAAGAGAGCUGAGGAGAGAGGAGCACCUGCAGCUCAGGGCCCCAUGGUGGCCCCUCUCCAGAGUGCCUGGUCACCUUGACAGCAGGAGUCAUUCUGCAUCCUUUCUUCACCUUUUUUUCCCACCCACCCACACCCGUCUGGCUCUCAGCCUUCACGUACCAGCAGAGCAGCUCAUGUGGGUGUGAACCCCACAGUGUGAUCGUUCCUAAAUAGAACCAAUGCCCCCUUCUGUUGUUGUCUUACUGUGUGUUUACACCGCUGCCAGGAUGAAGCUCACUUUGCAGCUUACACUUACGAAACAAAUUGGGUCAGAAAAUAUCCAGGACCUGUGAAUGUAAGAAUAAAAAUAUCAGAUCCAAAAUUCUUGGCUUAGCCAGAAGGGGCUUCAAGUGGUACAGUGAAGGAAUAGGCUACACUCUUCCCUUUUCCUGUCUGGAGGGUGCUGGGCCUGCUGGAGAGGGCUGUUGCUUCCAGACAGAUCCCCUGGAAAUGCCAUGCAGGUGCUUGGAACUGCCAGGCCUCUAAGCACCUGCAAGCUGGCUUUUCCCUUUUUUGCCUAUGAGUGGGCAUAGCAGCAUCAUGCCCAGCAUCUUGCACAUCCCAAGGCCUGGUGCCUUCCUCCUGGCUGCCAGGCUCAGCUGUUGGGGCAGCAGCCAGCAGGCAGUUCAGCAGGCAGCCAGGGUGAGUGAGGAAAUGAGAAAGGCUGAGGGCUGGAUGGUGGCAGACUUGCUGUAGGCCUGCUGUGGGUUUGAGUGGUGUUAUGUUAUGCUCAGUCUCCAGGCCUUGGUGCCAUCAUGUCCCAUAUCCCUCGGAGUAUUUGUAUGCCCUGUCACUGUGACUGCAUUUCAGGAGAUCUGUGUCACUCAGCAAGUUGGUCACAGCUCCAGAUUUCUUGCUGCAGCAAAGGCUCCUUGUCCUCUGCGGGGUGACCUUGCAGCUGCAGGCUGAUGCUGCUCCCAAAUCUGGGGCUGGGAAAACUCCACGUUGCCAGCAUAUCUGGGUCCCCCUGGAUCUGCUGUCACCAGGCUGCCCCUCUGGUCUGGGUUAAGUCCUUCUUAUUUAGGUUGAGGGUUCUCUUCCAUGGCAGCCUGUUGGUCACUGUGAAGUCUUGUCCUGCACAGGUCAGAGCCCUGUUGGGGUGGUGCUCGCAUGCUACGUCCUCAUGGGUUUGGGUGUUUUGAAGAGUUUUGAAGAGAUUAUUAUUUUUUUGAAGAAAGCACGGAGGCUUUUGUUUAAAGACAAAUAUGUUACGAAAAGCAGGACACCCAAUUCCUGAAGCCAUUUGCUUCUUCACUGGAGGAAAUGGCCACAAUCUCGAUGCUGGCUUCUGGUCUUUCCUGCAGGAUGUGCACAAAUCCGUGUCCUGGUUGUGUGGCUGCGAGGCAGGCUAACAGCAGAUCUACCCCAGGUGUGUCCAAUGGGCGCUGCAGGCACUCCACUCCCCCAGAUCUCUAGCAGGAAUUAUUCAGAGCAUCUGCCAAGAUAAGAGCUCAGAUGAACAGGGGAAACAUAAGGUCAGCUGCUCUCCCUUCCUUGCCCUUUGGCCAUAUCUCAAGCCCUUUCCUCUAGAGCUCUCUUUCUCUGCAUUCAUGUUCCUGCCUCCCCAUUUCCUGCAGAUAGUUAUGCUCUUGCCUCCUACUGCCUCUUGUCUGCCUCGGGACUGGAGAGGGUGGUUUGGAACAGGACACCAGUUCCUUGAGCUUGUCAGUGUCAUUGUGUUUGGUCGAUGGAGAUUUAACAUUUAGUGUUAUAAAAAGAAGCGAACGAAAUGAAAAAAAAAUUGUAUUUCUUCUACCGGUUUGUAAAUAUUCCAAGAGUUACAUGAAAUGUCUGGUAAUGUCCAAGCAGAGGAACAAAGACUUAGAUUUAAUAUAUGACCCCGUACUUGCUAGCAGAUUUCAAACCCUUUUGGAUGGCCAAGUGGAGGGUGGAGGCAAGUCUUUCUGGAAGGAGCUGGGCAGCAGGAGUGCUACCCCAGCCCUCGCACAACAUUGCUUGGCACGUCUGGUGGGUGGCAGGCGAAGCAGGCAGUAUGGGACUCUGCGGCUGACACCUGUACCAUGGCACUUGUGCUCAUUUUUGUUCAUUUCCAGCCCCGCAGUUGGCGGGUAUGUUGCUCAGUGAUGCACCCUCCCCCUCCUCUCUUCACCAAUGAUGUUGUGUCGCCUCAUGCUAGCACUGAGUGCAUGUUAACGUGCCAUUCAUGAAGAUUUCAUUGGUGACAUGCAUUGUGUCGAGAGUUGGUCUUUGUCUGCACAACUUUCUUAUGCCACUGACUGUCGCUGCUUAGGCAGACCUCAUGUACUGCCAACUGCUCCCCUCUUGGUCAAAAAAAUCCUGAAUCCCACCAGUGGUCCUUAGCUCUGGGUGCAUCCUGGCCAUGCCCCCAGACCACUUGGCUGAGCAAUCUCAUUUGCAACGUCCAAGCCCCCAGCACAGAUCAAGUUAGUCAUGCCGUCAUCUCAAUGGAAGCUGCACGUCUGGAAGGGAUCUUGGGGGAGCAACAGCAAGUUCUGAGGAUUCAAGAGCUUUUUGGGAAGAGGAUUUGGGAAGUCAGAAGAGCUGCAUUUGAGUCCUCCUCAGCCUGCCAUUGUUCAGCUCCAUCGUGUGCUACAUCUUCUUCCUCUCCUAAUGAUGGAGAUCACGGGCAAGGAUAGCAACUCUUCUCCAGCCACACCUCUGAUCCAAGCACGCUGACCGGUCACCCACACCAUCACGGUGCUUGAUGUGAUGUAGCAACAGUGACAGUCUUGUGGAGGAGGUGGUAGUGGGUGAGAAGCUCUCCCCCUCUCUCUUCUCCUGCUGCAUGAUCUCACCGCUUCUCUGGCUCCAGAACUUCUCAAGCUAGAGAUACUAGAAGUGAACUGUCCCAUGGAAAGAGCAGAAUGGCAGGCAGGGAAGCAGAGGUGAAACUGGAUGGUAAUUUCCAAGGAGUGAUGGCAGAGGGAAUGGGUAAGGACGAGUGCUGCCCGUCACCCAGGCACAGAGCUCCUAGGCACACCAGCGGGCAGACUGUGCCUCUCAGCACUGGUCAUAGAGUGGCUUCAUUUCCAGCGGGAUACCCAGAAGAUAUUUUAUUUUAAACUGCAUGACUCCUGCUACAAAGAGCUGUGUCACACCAUUAAAGCCUCUUUCUCUUUUCCUUCUUGCAACAUGCUAGAAUGGUGCUCAGGUAGAUCCUGCAUCCCCCCAGAGUUUCUGCUUGGCUCCCAUCAGGCCAGCCUGAGAUAUUUACCUGUGGGAAAGCAGAAGUCAGCUUGGGGAGGAUAUAUAGGUGAAGCCCUCUGUAUCUCUGCAGCGUAGGGAAAUGUGGUGGCAAUGAGAUCAGCCAAAACAGGGCUUGGGAGAAACAAGCAUCUCUCCAGGUUAACCCAGCAGGGUGGCAAGUGAAGAGUCCUUCCUUUGUUGCAGAUUGAGGUCACUUCUAUGCUGCAGUGCCUCAGCCGGUCUUGGUAAGCCCUGCAGAGGCACCCAGGCAACAGAGAGGAAGGGGCAAUGCAUGUCAGAAGGUCACAGGACUGUACUCCAGGUGCAGUUCCUAGGUAGGGCAGGACCCCCUUCCCCUUCCCCUCAUCCCCCCCUCCCCCUCCCGUUCCCUUCCCUUCCCCACCCUGCCCCCACAUAGAUACGUCUGUAUAGCCCAUGCAUAGGUGGAUGCAAGGAUAAGGUCAACUUGGAAGCCACUUGGUGAGCACAGCACCUCCCAGCCAGGACUGCUCUCCAGACUGUCACACAGGCACACACGCACACCCUGUGUCCUCUGCUGUCCUCCACCACACACAGCCCAAAAUGUGCAUGCUCCUGGUGAUGGCUCUGUCUGCCUGGCACACAAUGAACUUCUGUGCACGUGCGGGAGCACACGCGUGUGCGAGGACAGGGAGGAGGGGGGCAGAGGGCAAGUGCCUGCCCUGCGGGGCCACCGUCACCCACAAACCUUUCAGCUCUCCCAGCUGGAGCCAAGUUUCAUCCUCUAGACCUUGUGAACAAAGGCCAGUCCCUUCUUGCUGCACGGCGGGGUGGUUAGAACUCUCCUCAUUAACAGUGUUAUAUACAUAUAAA